GGGAACGCCUUAAAACUUGGGGGUGUAAGAGAAAGGAGGGGUAUAUGCAUGAGUAGGUGGUGUUCUGCGUUAUUUGAAUGCAAAUGCAGAGAGAACAAGCCGAGACUGUGUUUGAGAGAGAAACAGGGAAAAGGAGGUGGAGAGAUGUCUUUGGAUUUUAGUUAGACACUGAAUAGACACAGAUUUAGUUUGCCAAGUGCUUAGUUCACUUUUGAGACGUUGCUUGCUCAUGUAUGCACUUGGCCUUCCGCCUUGUAGCUCUCUAUAUAAAUGAAACAUGGAUUUUUGAUUGUUUCUCAAGAACUAAUGCAAUGAGACUUACUGUUAUUUAGUUUAAAGAGAAAGAUUUUCAGUCUGAUUCAACCCAUGGGCCAUUUAGCCAUUGACUUUCCCCUGCAUCAUGUCACGCCGGAAACAGAAAAGACCUCAGCACUUUUUCAGACCUAUCCACAACACUUCGUGGCUACUUCAACAUGAGGAGCAGUUGGCAGUGAAGUCCCUCACCUCUACUCUUGCAAAGAACUCUUCCUGCUCUUCCUCAUACUCUACAAUUCAAAGCUGCCAAUCUACCUUAAACCCAAGUCCACCUGUUGAAAGGCUAACAACACCUUCUCUGACUAGACCAAGCCAUUGUAUCUUUCACAUCCCCUGCCAGCCAAUUCAAUUUCCUUUAAACCUAACAGAGUCUUACCUUUCCCAAAUUCCCGACAUAGCAUCCCAUUCUACUAAUCAGCCGAUCACCACUACUGCACCAACCGUGCUCUCUACCCACAACAUCACUCACUCACCCAUGGCUUCUCCAAAGUUAGGCGUGUCAGCAACCACGACCUCUUCAUCCUCCUCCAUUGCUGCUUCUCUCUGUGUCCCUCCACAUCCUGGAAGCCCCAAUUCUGUGCCUCAGGGUCCCCCAAGUCCAGUUACACCCUCUUCCAGCCCAAGCUCAGUUCCUUCAGCCCCAGCAUGUGCACCCGUCAGUAUUGCUUUCAUCUUGGAGGAGCUACGUGUGCUGCAGCAGAGGCAAAUCCAUCAAAUGCAGAUGACUGAGGAAAUCUGUAGGCAAGUACUGAGGCUGGGAGGAGGAUCCUGUGAAGUGGAUUCAAAGCCAUUCAUACUUCCAUCUCUGCCACAGCUUUGUUUAAAAGGUUCUGAUAACAACCCCAGACCCUCCCGACCAAAGUCAUCACCUCCCCCUACCUCUGUGGCUCCUCUUUUGGCCUGUUUCUCAUCCCUGCUUCCACCUCAGACCACCUCCAAGUCCUCCAAACAUUCCCACCCUCUCUUGAAUGUCUUACGCCCCCAUAAGGCACAGUAUGAUAGUGGGGUAGUUACUCCAGCAAACUUCACCAAUCAUACAAGUGCUGCCACAUCCUCAUCAAUGCCCACACCUGCUGCCUCAAACUAUCCACUCACACUUUCCCUGGGCAUAUCUUCUCAAAAACUAUCCAACACCACAGCAGCCAGUGGAAACAGUAGUCUUACCUUCCCGAACCAAUCUAUAUCAACAGCUGCUGUCCCUACUGCCCCCUCACAGGGUCCAAAACUCUCUGCUCAAGGAGGUACGCCUGUCUUGUCAUCGGGGCGUAUGCAUCACGCAUGCCGAUUUUGUCGGAAGCUCUUCAGCAGCGACUCAUCCCUGCAAAUACACUUGCGUUCACACACAGGGGAGCGUCCUUACCAGUGCCCUGUAUGUUUCAGUCGAUUCACCACACGAGGGAACCUCAAGGUCCACUUCUUGCGCCACCGUGAGCAAAACCCUGAACUUUCUUUUUCAUUGUUUCCCUGUUCACUUUUUGCAUCUGUAACUGGUGGAUCAAUGGGAGGAUCAGCACAAACUCAAACUGUCACCUCCAACAAUACGAAUGCUAUUCAGAAGCUUCAGAUCCAGCAAGAGGAUGAUCUGUGUGGUGACAGUCUUGAGGGCACUACUGCCUCAACACGCGCCACAACCUCAUCUCUGCCUCCUAGUAUUGAUUUGGCUCUGCUGACCACAGCACACUCUCUCCUUCAGCUCAACCGUGCUGCUGCUGCUGCUGCAGCUGCUGCUGCCUCUACAUCCACUACCUCCUCAAUAACAUCCUCAUCUACAUCCUCUCUGGCCUCCACCCUUCUUUCAGCUCCUGCCUCAUCCACCGCCUCCAUUGCUGGGGUAUAUAAAGGAGUGAAACAACAGCACUUUGAUGAGAACACCCCACCUAUACCUACUCUGCUGCCCCAUUCUGCUUACUCACAGCUUGCCAACUUACCCAAAAUCUUCUUCCCAGCAUCUUCCACUCACCAUCUUCCAGGCCAUGGGUUUCUCAGGCAGACAACUCCAGCCGGAUCAUUUCUGCCGUCCCCGCAACAACAAAUCACAUCCCCAUUCACAGCUUCAUCCACGGCCCCUUCCAUCUCAACUUCAACCUCGGACACAUCAAAGCUGCAGAGACUGGUGGAAAAGUUAGAGAAAGAACCACACAGUCAGUCACACUGGGUUUCAUCCAUUGGGGAGACUUCUACCAGCAGCCAUAGUGUAGCAGGUGCAUUAAGCUAUAGCAGCAGUGGUUUAAUGAGCACAAGCACAUUCAGUACAAAUGUGGUCACCUCACUUCCGUCAUCUACAAUCCAAAUACCAUCAUCCCUCUUCAGCAAGGAGUCACCUUACCUGGGACUUAUGAACUCUGCUGGGACAUUUGCCCCAAAUCAGUGUAGUGUGUGCCUGCGGGUUUUAAGCUGCCCAAGAGCGUUGCGUUUGCACCAAGCUACCCAUUUAGGUGAGCGACCCUUCCCCUGCAAGCUAUGUGGUCGUUCCUUCUCAACUAAAGGAAGCCUGCGAGCACACCUUGCCACCCAUCGAGCCCGCCCACCAAACAGUCGUGCCCAGAAUUCUUGUCCCUUAUGCCAACGGAAGUUUACCAAUGCCCUUGUGCUGCAACAUCAUAUCCGCAUGCAUUUAGGAGGACAGCUACCACCAGAGAACAUGCCUGAUACUUCAACAGAAUGUGAUAUUUUGUCCCAUCCCCAGUCUAUUGAGCUGUCUGCUUCAGAGAUAAGCCCUAGCACUAUGGAUGUUCAGUUAUUACAUUCUGAUCUACAAACUGUAUCAGAUUCUAGACACACUGAAUCCCUUGGUAACACUACUGGUCCCACAGUAUGUCCCGCAACCUCCAGCUUACCUGCUUCACUUAGCUCAGGUCGUAUACCACCUUUCGACCUAAGCCCUGACCCCUCCCUGAAUCCAACCCAUUCACCUCCAACAUUCAGACCUGAUCCCCCUGACCUCUCUCUCAGUAUACCUUCUCCAGUUGAAUCUGCAACCCUUGUCCCUCCUGCCACUCAGUCAGCAUCAGCAACAACUGGUCCUUCUGCCACUAAUGAACUAUCUUUUGAACUUUCCAGCAACACUGCCACCUUGGAAGACAAAAUUGUUUCAUGCUCCUCUGCUCUAAUGAAAGGCAGUCCACAAAGAGAUGACUGUGAACUCAGUGAAAAUACACCUCUCUCACCCAUGUCUUGCUCUGGAUCCAGAUCAAAUCUAGAGGAUUUUCUUGGUAUACAAGCUCAUAAUGCAUCCAGGGAUCCUCGUCCACAUCCAACAUCAACACCACCUUCUGUUCUCGCGCUGAGAUCUGAUAGUGUGUCUACUUAUACUGUACGCCUAGAUGAGCCUGACCAAAGCCUUGUCCAAACAUCCAAAUCAAUCCACCAAGAGUUCCCUAAGGAAGAAAAGACUGAAGAUAUACAUAAAACACCAAAGAAUGGUCAAAGGACAACUCCAGAUUUGAGUAUUAAUGCUGAUAUAGGGUCAGACACUGUGGACAAGACAAGUGAGGACGCAGCUGAGACUGAGAGGCCUGACAUACAUAUGCAGAAGAAGGAAACUCACUCUAGUUCAACCUCAAAGGAUAAAGUGGACCUUAAAGAUACAACAGGAACUGAAAUGGACAAAACAGAAUCAACUGCAUGCAUAUCACUGACUCCCAGUCUUCCACCUCCCAUGCCAGAGAAAAAAAUCUACCAUUGUUCCGAAUGUGGAAAAGAGUAUGCAAGUCGCAGUGGACUCAAGGGACAUAUGAAGCACCAUGGAGGAGCUGUCAAGGCACCUCGAACUCCUGCAAGGACCAAGGGCCCAGAGAGAGUGUUGCAUCAUGAGCGGUCACAAACUCACCACCUUGCAACGUUCCUGCCACCAGGGCAUCAAUGAGUUUCUUAAACCAAGCCCUCCAAAAACAUCAGCAAGCAUCAGAGACCUCUCCACCAAUCAGUCUAAUAGCUGACAAGAAAAAGGAAAUUAUAAAGGAUACUUAUGAUUGUUGACUGUUAACCAAAAAAAAAAAAGAAAUAAUAAAACAGCUCUUAAUGCUACACAUGUACACACAGUAAUCACAUUGAGGGUCCUAACUUGGUUUUAAAAAAAAAUGUUCCCGAUCUUUCAUAUUAAAAUACCUGCAUUGUGUAUUUUAAUAUAUGUAAUAAUGUCUAAAUAUAUCUUAUAGUACUUCCUUGAAUAUUAUGUGAUGUUCUUUUUGAUGAAUGUUAAUUAUUUUGUCUGUGCAAGGUUUUCAUGAUGGUUUUGUUUACUCUUCCAAAGUUAAGAUCUGAAGGUAGCUAAGGAUUUAAACAAAAGCUUUGGGUGAGAAACAGAGUAACAUUUAUAAAGCCAAUGAUGAAAAUAGACUAGCCUAGUUCCUCUCUAAAAGUUAUUGUAUUGAUGUACUAUUUCUUUAUUAACUCUGUAAGGAUGGCAAACUUUGGAGUGCAUUUCAAAUUAAGAAGUAUAAAAUUCACUAAAUACAGAUUCUGAGAAAGUCUUUAUUUGGACAAAGAUCUUGUUAGACUAUGUCGAUACCUUGUUCCAUUAUGUUUUGGAGGGUCAGUCGUGCGCAAAAUGGACUAUUUUAUCAACAUUUGACCAAAAAUUCAAGCUCGUCAAUUUUCUUAAUAAGAUCAAAUGUUUAAAAAGAUAUCCUUCUCAAAAUGCUUAGCACAGACAGAACAGCUGGAGUCCAGAGGAAAUGCAUGUACAAUUGUUUUCCUAGAUCCAAUCAGUGCUUUUGACAAGCUGAUAUUUAAUACACGUCAUAAAAUCUACAUUAAGCAAAUUCACAUAAAAUAUUGUUGACUUGUACUUAAACAUUCUUUACUUGUACUAAAUCAUCAGGAUUUUAGUUUUAAAAGUUGAAAAGCACCAAAACACCAAACUGUAAAUAUGACCUGCUGACAACCCAUGUCCAUUGUAUCCAUGUUUGUCCUGUCCAGCUGUACAGUACUAGACAAUAUACUGCUCUUAACACCAACUAGAUUAAAGAGUCGGGAAAGAUUGUUUAACAUGCCUGUAUGUUAGUCAGUGUAAACUCUUGUUACUUUAAUAUUGUCAGUGUAGUUAUUGAAAAAGGUAGAAUUUGACUAAAUUCUGAGAUGGACCACUAUCUAGCUUAAAAGAUAAUCCUUUCUAUAUUUCUUGGUGGAAAUGUUUGUUUCUAUGGUGAUGUUUGUUCUUUGUCUGGAUACUUCUUCAUGUAUCUUCCAUAGAAAUGAAUUGAGUGUAUGAGUCUGACUGUGAGUUGUAAUUUCAUGGUACAGCUAAAAGAUCAAAAUGGAAAUAAAAAUCAGUGUAUACACGACAAUAACCAGAAUAUGGCAUUAUUUUUAAUGUGCACACGUUUUUUAAGAGUAUAAAUAAAUCUCGUUUACAGUGAUGUUA